AUUGAAGUCUUGGCUGGACUGCGAGCGUCGGUCUCCAUCAGCCGGCCCCGCUAGGCGGCUAGUUGGAGGCGGUGCUAUAGAGCCGGUGGCUGGGAACAGCCGAGGAGCCUCGCUGCUGCCUUCAGGGUCUGCUGGAGGACAGUGAUAUCCUGAGAGAAGAUGGGAAAGGGAUGCAAGGUUGUAGUUUGUGGAUUGUUGUCUGUGGGGAAAACCGCAAUCUUGGAGCAGCUCCUUUAUGGGAAUCAUACUAUUGGAAUGGAAGAUUGUGAAACAAUGGAAGAUGUAUACAUGGCUUCUGUGGAAACAGAUCGGGGAGUAAAAGAACAGUUACAUCUUUAUGACACCAGAGGCCUACAGGAAGGCGUGGAGCUCCCAAAGCAUUAUUUUUCAUUUGCUGAUGGCUUUGUUUUAGUGUACAGUGUGAAUAACCUGGAAUCCUUUCAAAGAGUGGAGCUUCUGAAGAAAGAAAUUGAUAAGUUCAAAGACAAAAAAGAGGUAGCAAUUGUUGUAUUAGGAAACAAAAUCGACCUUUCUGAGCAGAGACAAGUGGAUGCCGAGGUGGCACAGCAGUGGGCAAAAAGCGAGAAAGUAAGACUGUGGGAGGUGACUGUCACAGACCGGAAAACUCUGAUUGAGCCCUUCACUUUAUUAGCCAGUAAACUAUCCCAACCCCAGAGCAAAUCCAGCUUUCCUUUGCCUGGGAGGAAAAACAAAGGGAACUCUAACUCUGAGAACUAAAAAUUAGUAAUUCCACAAUUGUUUUUUGAAUAAUGACUGCUUUUAAGUGUCUAUGUAUGUGAAGAUUGAUAUUUAAAAUAGACCAUUUGUAUAUAUCUUGGUUGGUAAGGAAACAUCUAAGGAAGUAAUGAAAUGCACUUUAUGUUACUGGACUAAGUUUAUUAGUAUUGCCUGAUAUGAAAUAUAUUCUCUGUUUGAAAUAUGUUCCUGAAAUUAGCGUGUUUUGUUUUUAUGAAUGUUCCACCUAUCAAAGUAGUAAAAUAAAGUUUGGAUAGUGUGCAAAUGAA